AUGGGCUCCUCGUACCCGAGGUGUUGGGGCGACAGAUUGAGGGAGUCUGUGGUCGGUUUGCUGCUGGGGAUAGUGCUGGGAUUUGGCAGCUUGGCUCUCGCCUGCCCUUCUUCGUGCAGAUGCAGCAGCACCAGGAUCACCUGCACUGAGCCCGGCAUCGUGGCUUUCCCCGUCCUGUCAUCGGCGGCAGAGAUGGAGAACAUUACCGAAAUAUACAUUGCAAAUCAACCCAACCUGUCAGGCAUCAACGAACGUGACAUGGAACCAUACACUGGACUGAGAAAUCUAACUUUGGUUAAUUGUGGAUUGACAUAUAUUUCACGACAAGGAUUCCUUAAUAACCCUCGGCUUCAGUACAUAAACCUUGCUAAUAAUAGGUUUUCAAGCUUGUCCUGGAAGCCCUUUCGAUACUUGGAACUGACCCAUUUGAUCUUAACAGAAAACCCAUUCCUGUGCUCUUGUGGCAUUGCAUGGAUCCAGUUGUGGCAGGAAAAUAACCUGGCCACCCUAGAGGUUCAGAACCUGACAUGUCGAGGCGAGAAUGACUGGAGGAUAAUGCUGCCAUAUAUGAGGAUUCCAGACUGUGAGUUGCCUAAGGCUUCUGUAAACAUUACUAAUGUUACCGUGAUCGAAGGGGGAGAAGUUGCAAUCGAGUGCACUGCAGUAGGCCAUCCAAUUCCCACUAUGGACUGGCAAGAACACAUCCUCUACUCGAUUUAUCAGUCGGCAGAAACUUCCAGACCACCAGUAAUAUUAAAGCUCAGCAACAUUUCUGGUGAUGACAAUGGGCAGCAACUUAUCUGCACAGCAGAGAAUAUUGUGGGAGAAUCAAGAGUUUUUGUCAAUCUGACUGUCCUCUUUCCUCCUAGGAUAAUAUUGUUGGGUGAGGCAAUCCCAGAUCACCGCUGGUGCAUUCCUUUCAGCGUAACAGGCAACCCAUCACCCAAAAUUCAAUGGUACCACAAUAAUUAUCCUCUGAAUGAGACCGAUUUUAUACUGACACAAAUUCAUGAGGAGAAUAUCAGCGAGCAACAUGGUUGCCUGCAGCUGGACAAUCCGACUCACCUGAACAAUGGGAACUAUACCCUAUACAUUUAUAAUGACCUAGGGCAGGAUAAGGGGACAGUUUAUGCUCAUUUCAUGCACCAUCCUCCUGGUUCAGGCAAUGAACCGAUCACAGAUCCUGGGUUUUAUGACGCAUAUGACCAGUUUAUGGAUAUCUUUGAUGUGACCUCUGACAAUUCAACUGCAAUUGGCCCACCUAAUGUCACAGAAAAAACAAUGGAAGAUGGCAUUGCUGUGUAUGUUGUCGUUGGGGUUGCAGCAUUGGCAUGCACUGGACUGAUACUAAUGCUAAUAAUUCUCAAGUUUGGCAAACACUCCAAGUUUGGAAUGAAAGGUCCUUCUUCAGUAAUCAGCACUGAUGAUGAUUCUGCCAGUCCAUUGCAUCACGUAACUAAUGGCAGCAACACCCCAUCCUCCUCAGAAGGUGGACCUGAUGCAGUUAUCAUUGGAAUGACAAAGAUCCCUGUGAUUGAAAACCCGCAGUACUUCAGGAAUUCUCAUGGUUUACUCAAACCUGACACUUUUGUCCGAAACAUCAAAAGGCACAACAUUGUCCUGAAGAGGGAGUUGGGAGAAGGAGCCUUUGGCAAAGUGUUUCUUGCAGAAUGUCAUAAUCUCUGCACAGAAGAAGACAAAACUUUGGUAGCAGUGAAGACCUUGAAAGAAGCCAGUGAUAAUGCACGUAAGGACUUUCAUCGUGAAGCGGAACUCUUGACCAACCUGCAGCAUGAGCACAUUGUGACAUUCUAUGGUGUGUGUGUGGAAGGUGACCCACUCAUUAUGGUGUUUGAAUACAUGAAGCAUGGAGACCUCAACAAAUUUCUCAGGUCCCAUGGACCUGAUGCUGUGUUUCUCAGUGAUGGGCAGUGCAACAGAAUGGCAGAGCUGACUCAGUCGCAGAUGCUACAUAUUGCCAUGCAGAUAGCAGCAGGGAUGGUGUAUCUGGCAUCUCAACACUUUGUUCAUCGGGACCUGGCUACUCGGAACUGCCUGGUGGGAGAAAAUUUGCUGGUGAAGAUUGGUGAUUUUGGCAUGUCCAGAGAUGUGUACAGCACAGACUACUAUAGGGUUGGUGGUCAUACAAUGCUCCCCAUUCGUUGGAUGCCUCCUGAGAGCAUUAUGUACAGGAGAUUCACCACUGAAAGUGAUGUCUGGAGUUUGGGGGUGGUGUUAUGGGAGAUCUUUACCUACGGAAAGCAACCCUGGUACCAGCUGUCAAACAAUGAGGUUAUCGAGUGCAUCACACAAGGCCGUGUGCUGCAACGGCCUCGGACCUGCCCAAAAGAGGUAUAUGACCUGAUGCUCGGUUGCUGGCAGCGUGAACCACACAUGAGGCUCAACAUCAAGGAAAUUCACAGUCUCCUCCAGACAUUGGCAAAGGCCUCCCCGGUCUAUCUGGAUAUUCUUGGCUAA